AUGUCUGCGCUUCCUUCCCAGGACCCAAAAAUUGCACUAUGUCUGGGAUAUGUUGGGAUGGUUUAUGAAUACAAAGAAGAUUUUGCGCGUGCACUAGACUACUAUCAUCGACAACUGGAAAUGGAAGAGCAAUGCUUGCCGAUAGAACAUCCUCAUUUGUCGUUGCACUUAGAAAAAACGGCCAAAACUUACAAAAAGAAGGAAGAAAACGGGGAAAAAGCACUACAAUUCUGUCAAGAAAAACUGGCUGCCCAAAACAGCAUUCUCCCGAAACACCACCCUCGCAUUACGUCAACACUAAUAACUCUUGGUGAUAUUUCUGUGGGCAAAGAACGUCGUGAAUAUUAUGAGCAAGCUUUGGCAGCUCUACAAAGCCUCGUACCUAGCGACGAAUUGCUCACCCUCACUUGCCUUGAGAAACUGGCUGCUGUUGCUCACGAUGAAGGCAAUGGACUGGAGAGUAUCGCUCACUGGACAACUAUACUUAACACUCGACGUCGAAUUCAUUAUCCAGACCAUACAAAAAUUGCCUAUUCACUGCAGUGUAUUGGUGAUGUGUGCUUUGAACUUUUAGGAAACUAUCCAGAAGCUUGUCGCUGCUGUGAAGAGAGUUUAGAUAUCUACCACGCGAACUUUGGGCCUGAACACAGAGAUGUUAUUGAAGUUGAAGCGAAACUUUACAAAGCGCAAGCCCAAUCUCGAGAAUGGUAA